AUGUGUAACGUUAUUAAAUUUUAUUAUGAAAUUGUAGUUCAUUUUCCACAAUGUAAAAGGGAGUUAGGAGAUAAACCAAAAGAAAUUACUGAUUAUAUAAAUCCAACUUAUUGGGCAAAGUUAUGUAUUGAUAAUACUCAUAACCUUAAAUUAAGUCAUUUAAAUGUUCUUAAUCGUAAACCACAAGAUAUAUGUAACCAAGUAAUGGAAUAUUUAGCCGAUGUAAACGGGGAUAAUAUUGAAAGUUUAAAUGAAUUCGGUUGUGAAUAUCUUUAUUAUUGGAUAUAUGAACUACUUCAUCUUAAAGAUAACAGAGUUAUAACUGAACAUGUCGAUGAAGUUUAUGAUCAAUUACUAAAUAUAUUUAUUAGUGGUUUCAGAACUCGUUUUAAAUAUGAGGAAAAAAUUUCCUCAUGUCUUAAGGAUGGGAUUAAAAAAAUAAAUUUUCCAGAAAUAAGAGCUAUAUAUGAUAUGUACCAUAAAAUAAUUACAGACACAUAUAGUAUGAAUAAUAUUUUUAAUCAUGUGGUAGAAAUUAUGAAAAAGCACAAUAAUCAAAUAGAAACUCUAUAUGGUGAUAUUCGUAAAUCAGCAAUAACAUCUACUUACGAAAGUAGCAUUGCAGCCCCAAUUAUGAUUACAAUUUUAGUAACACUAUUAAUAUGCAUUUUUAUAUUUGUUCUGCUUAAGUUCGCAAAAUGUGGUUUAUGGAUACGACGUGCUAUAGCAUGGAAAAGAAAACUUUGGGAUAACAUAGGUGAAGAAAGAAAUAUAUACCAAGAUCCUGAAAUAUCUAAUAGUUUGUUAAGAGAUAGUAGGUAUAAUAUAUCUUACAAUUAUCAAUAA